AUGGACCGGGCUACGCGAUCUUUGCGGGGUAAAAAAGCGGAUAAACCUAUAGCGCCUACCGCUAUAGAUAUUGAGAUCGGUCGUCAUUGCGGCAAAACCGUUGCGCUCGAAGCAACGACCGAGUAUUUGCAGGCAUCAAAAAGGGCCCCAACCCCAGAGCUCUCGGAGAGGAUUCACGAACUCACCAAGGAGAAUGGUCAGCUCAGGUUGGAGAUCAAAUACCAACAAGAGAGAGAGGAGGUGUUGAAGGAUCUGCCCGAUGAUGCCAAGUUCAUGGUGGAGACAAUGUGGAACGCGCUUAUGCACUGCAAGCAGGUGCUACAGGAGGUGGAGGAUGAUCGAGCCCAGGCUAUGAGUGGUGUGGAGCGGGUGUAA